AUGUUUGCUCGGAAGGCGAAGUCUUCCGAUGUCCAGUCUUCUCUUCAGCGUUUCUCUGACCUUACAAGGGACACCAGCAGUCGAACCAAGCAUCUUCGGAUUGUGUAUGAUACUUUGAGUGAAGAUGUAAGUCAAUUAAAACACGGUUUUUGUAAGGUUGAAGCGCAGUGUCGACGUGAAUUUCAAACUUGCUCAAAUCCGACCAAAUUUUAUAAUAUUAGUGUUUAGGAUGUAUGUCUAAAUCGGUUUAUUUUUACGACACUCGCUUACAGUACCCACGGUUACGGUAACUUUGUCGAAAUUUUUUUACAGAAAAUUACGUAUUGGGUGCUAGGUACUAAUAAUUCAAAAUUUAGUUUGAUGUGAACAAGUUUGAAAUUCACGUCGACAUCAUAGUAUAGCUCGAUUCUCAUUGUUAGGAAAAAAACUUGGUUUUAAUUGCUUAAUUUCAAUUUUAGGAGAAACGACAGUUCUGCAAUGAGUACAGCUUUGAGAUAUUCCAUUUGAUAGAUACAGUACUCUCUAAUUUGGACUUGGUAAUUGAUAGUCAAGGAGUUUUUGAAGCCGAAUCCGCUUUAUGGGCCCUGGAACAACUAUUGUGCAAUAUCCCGGAUCUGGUGGGAAAGGGGUGGCAAAGGAAUGGAAUAGAGACCAUAAUGAGGCGAGGGCUACAUCCAGGGAAUAUGUUUGCGGUGAGGAAGAUCAGCAUCAGGUUGUUUUUGAUGUGGUAUCAAUCUCUGCAUGUCUAUGGAAAUGAUGAUGCGUAUCUGGAUGAAGUGUGUCAAUCUCUGCUCCCAUUCUUCCCAUUAACGUCUAAGAUUCCGACUGCGAGAACACUUCUCAGGUAUUGCGAAGGAAAGAAUUACAACGCUACUGUUGGAUUUAAUCCAGCCCCGCCCAAGAUUACUCCUAUCAUUCCAAAUACAACUCCCCUCGAUCAGAUGAAUGUCAGAGAUCGAGCGCAGAAUCUUCAGGUUAGUGAACUCAGAGUUGAUUAUUGUUUUUUAGAUAUAUCUAGACAAAUUCCUUGAAUAUACAUUCCGUGAGAUGACCAAACUGAAAUGGCAGAACCCAGAAUCCCAACUUACCUGUGCCCGGUUCCUUUUUGAGAAGAUUUGCAGCCUUUACAUUGUCGAAGUUUUUCCUAAAAUGGAAGGAAUAAACGUUUUCGGCGGGCCAGAUGAUGCAGAAGAAGAUCAAAAUGAACUCCUAGACACGGCAGAUCCCCUUGUCAUAGCCAGAUACUGGUUGAUCAGAUGGGUCGUCAACAUCGCGUUAUCUGGAAUGCAAGAAGACUCGGCUCCUGGACUUUUGCUGUUCAGAAGGGUAAGGUAAUGUAUACGUUGAGAUUAGUUUCAGUGUCUCUAUGCCGCCGAGUCUCCAGUCAACAUGCUGUUCACAAUGUUACACAAGGCCAUGUUCCUCCCAUUAGCCUGUUCGAGCGUCAUUCAGAAAGUGUUGUCCCUGAUCAGAGCUUGGCUGUUGAAAGCCGAGAUCCCUCCCUUCUUCCAUCCCAAUUGGCAGCUCCAUCGGCCUUCCGAAGAACGAGUUCAGGUCCUUUUGGUCGAUUUUCUCUUCUCCUUUUUCCGAUCUCCAUACAUCUCUGCUUGUGGCGAUAGAUUCCCCACCGUCUUGGCCAUUACUCAGACUAUAAUGGAUAUUAUCAGAGACCUCACUCAGCCCCACUCAAGUUCCUUUUCGUCCAUUUUUUGGCAGAAUUUACUAAUGGAUUUCUGUUCAACAACUUACUCUUGUUGCAAUGAAAUGCUAAUGUUUGACAAGGCCACUGUUCAUCUGUUUAUAAGGUCCUUGUUGUCAGCAUUUGUGAAUGCAUUUGUCUUUCGGAAUGUCAAACUCUCAGUCCAAACUUGGGAUGCGUUGGCGUUGAUCUUCAAGAGGAACUGUAGUGAUGCUGCGGUGGAACAAGUAAGGAAAAAUGACCAUUAUAAUCUAAAUCCUUUAGUGGUCCAUAUUCGUUGACUUCAUGACAUAUGCACUCGCCUUGAAUAAUCUGGAUAUGGAACUAAAUCCUAGUCUUCUUCAUCCAAUGGUGUCUAAAGUAAGAUAUCGUUCAAGAUAGCUUAAAAGUUUGGUUUAAAUCAACUUACAUUUUGAUAUUUAAGGCUCUCCAGCAAGACCAUUCCACGCAUUAUGCCUCUGGGGAUGCAUCAAGUCUACGCGAAGAGACCUUCCUUCCCUCUGAAUACACUCGACUUCUGGAGGUAGGUCCCUCAUCCGAAUGCAAAUCCCCCAUUCAGAGAGUCGGCCAAUCCCCCUCCUGGUAUCGCUGCUGGCUUCGAUUGGUGUCACUGGUGUCGGCGAGCGACAAACGCUUCGGCCCGAAGGCUGUGCAAACAAUCGACCGGUCGAUCCGUGCACUGUUGGAGGGGGACUCGGCCCAUGCCCUGGUCCAAUGGUUGGGCGCCCAGCUCCUGGAGAGUGGCGUCGCCGAGGCGAUCGCCGCUUUGGCCACCGUCCUCGUGGGGUCCAAUCCCCCCGAUUCCCUGAGGGCUCAGAUUUUGGCCAGGUUCCGCGACUCCCUCCAAAACCCCCAACUCGUCCAAGUCUUCCUUCAACAGUACACGGAAAUGAAUGUAGAGGACUCCAGCGUGAUGGCUACGGAUACCGUGAACACCUUGAAGAAGUUGGCCCAGUCCUCAGAGUUCACUUCCCAAGCUGUUGAAGUAGCUGCUGUUCUUGCUCUUAACAAUCCAGAGGCGGAACAGGUAAGGUUCUGUUUGUUUUAAUGGAAUGUAUAAUAUUUGCAGGUCAUCUUCUCCAUAUUGCGUAACAACUCCGUGAAAAUAGAUGUGGAUUCUUUGGCAAAGAUUAUAAACUCCUUCUCGAUUAUUGCCUUGGAAAGAGACAACUUUGACAAUCUUUUUGCGGUAUUAUAUUUGAUCAGCCAAAGAAAUGGGAACAAUCUGAAAAUCCUCGCUCAAUUCUGCGCCAACUUUUACUCCGCCAAAUUAAAAUGUAAACAAAGACUGGCUGACACUUUGGAAUCAGCAAUUAUGAAGAGUCAGCAGUUGAAAGAAGAUCGGAUUGCCAAUGAAAUUAAAUGGCAAAUAGUGACAUUGUUGUCUACCGAGAGGAUUGACAACACUCUCAAGACUAUUCUGGCGAACAUGGCCGCAUCCGGCGACGAUUUCUUCGAAGGAUUUUUGAUUCAGAGAGCAUUACAGUUUCCCUUACCUGGGUUUUCGGUUUCGCAAUGGAAUUCUGUUUAUGAAAACGCCCCAAAGGAUACGAAGCUUGAUGUCAUUGUGCAAAAACCGAAAGCUAUUAUCAGGUAGGGGGGACAAGUUGGUCAUAACCUUGGCUAAAAUAAAAACAAAUGAAAAAAGCUUUACAUAAUUUAAAUAUUUUUUUUAGCUUCGAAAAGAACGGACAGGACUCCAGGAUUUGGAGCCGAACGGUUGUUGGCAGACACUGCUACUCCCUGAAGCGGUUAACAGGUCUCCCAUCCGCCCACACUUCGACUCAUGAUUGGCUGGUCAAUUUAUCACAAAGUUCGUCCAUCAAAGAACUGCCACCAGAGGAAUAUGUGGCUGAACAUGCCAAGAAUUUUACACCAUCUGAAUCUGAGUUUUCCCAAGUCUCGGCCAGUUCUUGUGGAGUUGCAUUGAAUGGAGAAGAGGUCUCCAAGCUUUUAUUACACUUAAAGACCAGCAGCAGAACACCCAAAGGACUGGUAUGUUUGCAAACUAAAUUCAAAGUUUAUUAGAUGUUUGUUUAAUUUUGAAACUUGUAGGAUCAAAGCAACAGUGAAUUUGAUAGUUCGCAGACUAAGUCUCUACAAAGCCAUGCUCAAGAAUGGCGGGUGUUUAUGUCGGAUAUGCAGUUUACUGAAGAUGUCCGUGUCCCUGCUUCCGAACAGAACUUCCCCCGAGAUCUCAGACAUCUUGAUCAAACUUUGUCCAGGGAAGUCCACAAAGUAGCCUUGAUCUACGUUGGAAUGGGGCAGGAGGUAUGUUAUCCUUAUUUGGUAUGUGUAAAUUAUGGUUCCAGGACAAGCAAUCGAUCCUCUCCAAUUCCCGUGCCACUCCAGCCUUUGAUGAUUUUGUUUCCCGUCUCGGCUGGCCAGCCGACAUAGGGCCAGAUCAUCAUGGGUACACUGGUGGUCUCCCGACUGGUCAUGUUGCCCCUUAUUAUGCAAACUCCGCUUGUGAACUUAUCUUUCACGUAUCCACACGACUCUCAGGAAGUAUCACCCAGAAGUUGAAGCAUCUGGGAAACGACGAAGUCCAUGUCAUUUGGACCGAACACAACCGCCCUUAUCGACGAGAUGUGAUUGCCACUCGAUUCUGUGAUGUGAUGAUAGUAUUGCAACCUGUUUCUGUGAAUCUGGUCAAAGUCCGAGUCGAAGUCCAGCACCCAGAUAUCCAAUUUGGACCUCUUUUUGAUGGAGCCCAAGUCCAUAUCAGACAACUUCCCGAAUUGGUUCGGGAGACUGUAAUCAAUGCCUCCCGAAUCUACCGUAUCCGCCAAACAGUCAUUCCCCGCCCUAACAAACACCGUGAGACCGUCUUCCAGGAGUCCACCACCAAAUUGAAGCCGGUCUCCAUCUCUCACUCCAUUUGUAGCUCUUACAUGCCUUCUCUCAAAGCUUAA